AUGGUUGACAGCUGUCACUCGUACAUAGGUUGGUAGUGAGUCACGGCAUCAUUAGUGGAACCAAGUGAAGACUGCUCAACUCGACAGACAAACCUAAACACAAGCACUUGCUAUUUGGCCUCCAAGUUUUGUGCUGGUCCACCUCCAGUAUCACACAUCAUCACCCACCCCUUUGUUCAGAUGUCCAGGUAUUUUUUUGACAUCACCGGUAUGGCGUCCAGCUCUGUCAGCCAGGAGGAUUUUGACAUUGACUUUCAACUGACAUCCAGAAGAUCCAGGAUCAGAACAGCAAGAGCAAGGAUUGGUCCACCCAGAAUAACAGACACAUCUUCGAUAAAUUUUCAGAAGAAUACUCCGAAUGUGGAGGAAUCCCAAGGAGUAUGCGAAACAAGUACAAACAGUGCACCCGAACAUGAGAAUCAACAGAACAAACCUGUAAUGAGAAAACAAGACAAACGAGUGACUGGCCGUGUCCUUAGUGUCGUACCCUGUUUGCACAGGCCAACACACAUGAACAAGGGCAAGCAGCAGCGCGAUAGACGGAAACUUAGAGAAAAAAGGCGAAGCACAGGAGUAGUGCAUUUACCAUCGACGGAGAGUACAGGAGGUAGUACAGGAGAAGAUGAGGAAGAGCUUAGUGGCACUUGUCUUGAAACUAAACACAACACAUAUCACAAUGAGUUCCUUGAUCCUGAACUCAUAGAAGAACGGACAGCAAAAAUCUUUACACAAAGGCGAAACAAAAGGCAUUACCGUACUUCCUACAGGUCAUGUAUAAAUAGGCACAAUUGCCAUUCCGAUUUCGAAGCAGACGACGAAGAGUUCGAUUCCCUGAAUCAGUCUGACAGCGUCAACCAGUCCGACCACGGAAAUCAUGAACCGCAACAGACUUCGGUGAACACCGGAAAUACGCCGAGGCUGCCCACACCGACAGGAGACAGUCCUCACGAAUUGAUCGAACGCGCACAAGAGGAGAACAGGAGGCUACUGUCGCUCCUCGAGGAUCGAGAUCACAAGAUAAUGACGUUACAAGGUCGCCUGCUGCAACAGCAACACGAGAUGACACUGGAACGCGAACGACUGCGAGAAGAGAACGCCGCGUUGAUUCGCGCUAUGGCCGCUUUGGCCAGUAAUUAACUUUCCUUUUUAAGCGAGACGCACCGUCGAUCCUACGGAUCCGUUUUCUUUAGAGAUUCUGGAUCCACGGUAAAAACGCUACAUAUACCGAUAGUUUUACCUUAAUCGUGAAUUUACUUGUUAAUUAAUAGCCGAUACAGAGAGUGAAAGAGAUAGCAUGAAUGGCUUUUAAACGUUUAUGAAACCGAACACAGAGAAAAGGAAAGAUAAAACACGAUCGAUUAAAAUUAAUAAGUCGCACCGCAAGAGAAUCAGGGUAAGUUACAACUACAAAGUAAACACUAUACAACAGUCCGCUCUCGAUUCCUCUCUAUAUCAUGUUUUGCGCAACAAGCGAUAGAUCUCGUCAUACGAGCAGCAGAAGUAAUCAUAAUUUAUCUGCUUCAACCUAUAGAGCUUUAGUUGAGUGAAUUUUAUUACGCAGCAGUGAGA